AUGGAACCGUUAGACCUCACGGUAUAUGACAAAAAUAUUAGGUAUACUCUAAGUCAUGGAGAUCAAUCCAGCACUCAUCAGACACCUGACGAUGGUCUGAAUGCUAUGUUUCCGACAAAUAUCAAAUAUAUCUUCGAGGAAGAUGCGGAUAAUGUAGAGCUGGCUGUUGCUGACGAGACCAUUGAGAACGUUAUCAUUAUAUAUUUGGGGGAGUCGGGGGCGUUGGAAGACGUGGAGGUGAUAAGUGAUCGCUACGAGCUACUGGGUUUCAGAAAAAGAACGUUAGGAACGAAUAACGAAGCAGAGACCUAUGAUAUAGAAUUGGAUGUCCUUUCUGAAUUUAGCGACUUAUCAACGAUUGCUAGCGAGCUUUCGCUCAACGACUUGAUAAAACUCUACACGACGCAAAAUGAACAAUUGCAAGCUAUAUCGAACUCUAUAUAG